AUGGAGAACGUGGUCGCCACUGCUCCUCUUCCUCUCUACGGCUAUCUGCAGAAGAAGGGCGAGAAAGGUCUGGUGCGCAGCUACAAGAAGCGAUGGUUCGAACAGAACGGCUCCAAGAUCUUCUACUUCCAUGAGAGGGGCGAGAAGAACGCGCUGGGGUUCAUCGAUUGUAUUGAGAUCAGCACUGUCAGGCGGACUGAUGAGAACGGCCUCGCCAGUCCUGGCGGCAGGCCGUCGGUGCGCCGCGAUGCCUCCGUUCCGUUCGAAAUCAUCACGCCCAAGCGCAUCUACGAGUUCAUCGCCUCCACCGAAAAGGACUGCAAUUAUUGGGUGAAUGGCCUCAAUCAGUAUCUCCAGUACCAGGAGGCCAUGCUCGACACCCAGGGCAUGAUGGCGGCCCACGACCAACAGGUCACGUCGCUGCAAGAAAAGUUGGAAGACAUCAAGAAACGACACACGCUGCAGUCCAUCCAAUGGGCGGAGCGAGACAAGGAGCUGGAGAAGGAGCUGGCCGCCCUGCAGGAGCGGUUGAAGAAGCAAGAGGCCGAUGCGCAAGCCAAGCAGUCCGAGCUGGACCAGAAGACGGCCGAGAGCCUCGAGCGCCUGCGCGAACUCAACAGGGCCAAGAAGGACCUCGAGUCCGAGAAGAAGCAGAGAGAGGAGAGCGAAAACGAAGCCAAAAAGAACGAAGAGGCGUCCAGGCUCGCGCUGAGCCGCGCCGAGGAGCGGCUGCUCGACAAGGUUGCCGAGCGCGAGCGCGAGAUCGACGAGUUGCGGAGCCGGCUGGCCAAGAAGGACGCCGACAUGCUCGACUACGUCAAGAGCCAGCAGACCACCAGCACCAGCACCGACGAGCGCGACCACCUGCGGGAGAUGUUCGAGAGCGAGAUCGAGGAGCGCAGGCGCGAGACCGAGCGCACCAAGGCCCAGUACGAGGAGAAGCUGGCCGAGCUGGCCCAGGCCAAGGACGACGAGGCCCGGCGGCAGGUCGACGAGCUCGAGCGCGCCCACUCCGCCGCGCUGCGCCGGGUCGCCGACGAAGCCGAGCGCAAGGCCGAGGCGAGCGAAGAGGCGUGGCAGCUCAGGGCCAAGGAAUUCGAGGCACGCACGGAUGAACUGCGCCGGCGGGUGGCCGACAAGAAGUCCAAGAUCAAGCAGCGCAACGGGUGGCUGCGCGAGCUCGAAGCCCAGGCCAAGCAGGGCGCCAACGACGAGGCGGCCCAGCGCGCGCAGAAGCUCGACAUCGAGGGCCGCGACGUAGAGCGCCAGCUGCGCGACCGGGAGCAGGAGCUGCAGGACCGCGAGCGCGAGCUGGGCGAGGUGCGGGCCAAGCUCGCCGUGGCCACGAAGCAGAAGAAGGCCCUCAAGACCGAGGUCCAGGGCAAGCUCAACGAAAUGGAGAAGGUCCUGCUCAAGAAGUCGCAGGAGAUGCACUCCAUGCGCGACGCCCUGCAGGACCAGAAGAAGCGCAAGGAGGAGGAGGAGGCGGGCGCCGAGCUGGCGCGGCUGGGCGAGGAGGUGCGACAGAGCGCGGCGGCGCUCGAGGCCAAGGACGAGCGGGUGCGACAGCUCGAGCGGGUGAACGAGGAGCUCGAGGCCCGGGUGAAGACCCUGCAGGCCGGCCUGGACGAGCGCGAGCGGGAGGUGGAGGCCCUGAAGCGGGAGAAGGAAGAGCUGCAGGUGCCCAAGGGCGAGUCGAAGAGCGCCAAGAAGCUGCGCGAGGAGCUCGAGGCUGCGCUGUCGCGGGCCAAGGCCAAGGCCCAGUCCAAGGACGACAUGCUGCGCGCGCUCAGCCAAAAGCUGGUCGAGAUCGAGGCCGACCUCGAGCAGCGCCUGCGCGCCAAGGACGAGGCCAUCGAGCAGCUCCACAUUCGCCUCGCCGACUCCACCGAACAGAAGAACGCCCUCGCCGACCGAUUCGAGGAAUUGCUCAAGUCUUCGCAACAUGGCUCGCGGGACGAGGCGGAGCGCAAGCGCAAGCAGGAGGACGAGGUGAACGAGCUGAAGCUGGCGCUGCGGCUCAAGGACGAAGAGAUCCACAUGCUGACGGACCUCGGCGGCGGCUCCGGAGGCCGGGGCAAGGGCAAGGUCCCGGGCCACCACAGCGACGGGGAGGUGGAGAACGCCAUCCUGCACGAGAAAAUGGAAGAGCUGCGCCAAGAGCUCUUCUACUCGCUCGCCGUCGGCAUCAAACUCAACCUCUCCAUGCAGGGCAUUCAAUGCACCCAGAGUAUCACGACCUUGUACGACGACGCCAUGAGGGACAUGAUCCCGACCAGCGCGUGGAAUAGCUGGAUCUUCAACAGGUUGAGCAGAGUGUGA